AUGUUUCUUUAUUUUAUUACAUAUCUGUGUAUUUUCUAUAAUAAUAUUUAUUCUGUAGAAUUAAAUAAAAAUAAUAAAUAUAAUUUUAUAAAUAAUGUACAUAAUAUAAAGUAUAGAACUAAAAUACGUGCUAUCCAUGGGAAAACUGGAGGUAAAAUAAUAGGACAUGGUCAUUCUUAUCCUUCAACUGAAAUUUAUAAUGACGAAUUAAAAAAAUAUGUUGAUACCAAUGAUGAAUGGAUAAGAACAAGAACAGGAAUUAAAAAAAGAAGAAUAUUAAAAAGGGAUGAAAAUAUAUCAAUGCUACAAAUAGAUAGUGCUACUCAAGCUUUAAAAGCUUCGUGUUUAAAACCCUCAGAUAUAGACAUGGUUAUCAAUGCUUCGUCUACUCCUCAAAAUUUAUUUGGCGAUGCAAAUAAUAUUAGUAACAAAAUUGGAUGUAAAAAUAGUGUUAAUAUGGAUCUAACGGCUGCAUGUACAGGUUUUAUUUUUGCUUUUGUUACAGCUUACAAUUUUUUAAAUAGAUAUAAAAACAUUUUAAUUGUUGGAAGUGAUGCAUUAAGUAAUUUUGUAGACUGGAGAGAUCGUAACACUUGUGUUUUAUUUGGAGAUGCUGCAGGUGCUGUUGUGUUACAACGAACUGAAGGGGAAGAAGAAAAUAAAAUAUUCAAUUAUUAUCUUGGGUCUGACAGUGAACUAAAUGACCUGUUAACCAUAAAUUUUGAUCAUGACAAAUAUAAUUUAGAUAAUCCUAAUUUAAAUAAGUAUGGGAAAUUACAUAUGAAUGGGAAAGAAGUAUUUAAAUAUACUAUAAGCAAUAUACCCAAAAUUUUAAAAAAAGCUAUACAACAUUCAAAUAUAAAUAUUGAAGAUAUAAAUUAUUUUAUAUUUCAUCAAGCUAACAUCAGAAUUAUAGAAACAGUAGCCAAAAAUUUAAAUAUACCUAUGUCAAAGGUAUUAGUAAAUCUAGACGAAUAUGCAAAUACUUCAGCAGCUUCAAUACCUUUAUGCUUCUCUGAAAAUAUUAAAAGUGGUAAAAUAAAAACGAAUGAUAUAAUAUGUAUGUGUGGAUUUGGAGCUGGAAUGUCAUAUGGAUGCGUUAUACUUAAAUAUUAA